CGAAAUGGCUAGUCUCCUCCAAGACGUCCUGAAGGCAGCAUCAUGAAGGCGAGACUCUCGCUCUUCAUCUUCCUCAGCGUCUUGUGUCACGCUCAAGGAGGCAAGAAGGUCAAGGUGGAUGUAAAGGCCACCAGAGUCUUCGGGCCAGGCUUGCAGCCAGAGAGAAUUGUCUUCCCUGUGCGGUAUUUCUUCAUAGAGGCGUAUGACAAGAAGGGCAACAGAAUUCAGAAAUCUGUUGGGGAUUCCUUCAGCGUACAAAUCAAUGGAGACACAACUCAUGGCUCAUACUGCAGGAAGUGGGCACAAGUCCUUGAUCGAUAUGAUGGAUCAUACAUUGUCAGAUAUCGCGUAUACCAGACAUGUAGAGGACUAACUAUUAAUGUCUUGUACAAUAAUCAGCAUGUUGCAGACUCUCCAUAUAAAAUUUUAGAUCCUGUUUACUCUGAAGACUGUUAUUGUCCAAUGGGAGACAUUACUAGUUGGCAGGAACUAGUUGGUUGUCCCUCUUCCUAUGCACAAAUUGACGAAGAUCUCAAAAAUUUCCAUGAGGUGGACUUUGGUUUGGCUCUCAAUGCAGCCAUCGAAAGAUUCAAUCAAGCAGGGUCUCGAAGUUUCUGCAACUACGUAAUCAAGAACAACAAGGUGUAUCGUAAGUGUUAUGGCCUUCAUGUGGGAUUCAAUAUGUUCAUGGACAACAUACUUCAUUCCCUGCUCAGGAAGAUGACUCUUCCUGAUGUUGAAUUUAUUAUUAAUUUAGGUGAUUGGCCACUUGUUAAUCCAAAGAUGAAGCCACUUAUACCCAUCUUCUCAUGGUGUGGUUCUGAAGACACCGCCGAUAUUGUUUUGCCCACCUAUGACAUCACCGACUCUACCUUAGAGAUGAUGGGCAGAGUGAGUCUUGACAUAUUAUCCGUUCAGUCUAACAAUGACAUACCAUGGGAGCAGAAGAAACCGCAGGGAUUCUGGCGAGGCCGUGAUUCACGCCAGGAAAGGCUUGACCUCAUCACUUUAGCCAGGGAAAAUAAGGACUUGAUAAAUGCCUCGCUUACCAACUUUUUCUUUUUUAAAGAUCAAGAAGAUAAAUAUGGCCCUAAGGAAAAACAUGUCUCAUUCUUCAAAUUCUUUGAUUACAAAUACCAGAUCAACAUUGAUGGAACAGUAGCAGCCUACCGCCUCCCUUAUCUCCUGGGUGGAAACAGUGUGGUGCUGAAGCAAGACUCGUCUUAUUAUGAAUUCUUCUAUCAUGACUUAGAGCCUUACGUUCACUACAUUCCUUUUAAGAGGGACCUCUCUGACCUGAUUGAAAAGAUUAAGUGGGCAAGGACUAAUGAUGACAAGGCCAAAGUGAUUGCCCAGAAUGGCAGGCAGUAUGCGCAGAAACAUCUCAUGGCAAAAGAUGUGUAUUGCUAUCAUGCUGUCUUACUGAAGGAAUGGAGUAAACGGCUUAAUUCCAAGGUGGAUAUACGGGAAGGUAUGGAAUAUGUGCCCAUUAAGGAAAAUGAGAAGAGAUUUGGGGACUGUAAUUGCCAUCGACUUGGCCGCCAUGACGAACUUUAGACUUAGUUAAGUAUUAUUGCACAGAAUAAGAUUAUUUAUCAUUAACUAUGUAAUUAUUCAUUACUGUACAGUUAACCACUUAUAAUUAUCUGUAUUGGUACUGUACACUAGAGUAUGCAACCUUAAGAUAAUGGACUUUAUUGUAUUACCAUCUUACAGUAAUUCUUGUCCAUUCAAUGUGUUAACGAUUUAUAUAUGAAUGAGGUAAAAUAAUUUUUUUUGGGGUGUGCAUCAUGAGUCCACUUAUGAGGUUUUUAACUUUUUUCUUUUGCCAACAACUUUCAUGAAAGUGGACGGGGGCCUUCAUGCUGCACUAAAAAUGUCACAUAUAAUGUAUGAGACGUCUCAAUUGUGAAGAUUAAUGUGCCACUAAACCUUUUCUUCCCAAAAUGUUGCAAAUCAAUAGCAGUAUUCUUCAAUGUAUUUAUUUUUCAUGUGAUGUACGCUGUGACCUUAAGAUUUAGGUAGUAUAUGUUUGAAGACUCAUGUAUUGACUAUAAGCCAGGACAGCUAUACAUUGCUCUCUUUGUUACAGAGUAUUCAGUUCUAAGAUACCAUUCAUUAUGCCAAGACAAGGGCAGAAAUUUGUAAGAAGCUUAGAUGUGCAACUAUAUUCCUCUGUGUAUCUGGAUAGUUGUUUUUGUACAGUACUUACUGAACUUUGGUAUACAGGUUCUUUAAAUUAAGAUAUUAGCAUUUCAUGUUUUAAUGCUAUGUAGAUGCACAGUGGAAAUACUUCUACAUAUGAAGAUGGGUAGCAGGAUUCUUAAAAAAGAAAUUAUUAUGCUGUAGGUGCCUCACCUAGAGUGAGUGGUAACCAUGUAGGUUUUAUCAAGUGAUUAUUUGAUAUCAAUAAUAUAUCGAUAAAUAAUUAAGUGAUAGGAUGGAGGAGGGUUAAACUAGAAGAGCAUAAUGAUAAUUUUAACAUGUUUCCAAAGCAGAGCUAAAAUUUUCUGUUUUAUUCAAGAAAGUUUUUAACCACAAAUAUUUUUUGUGUCAAGCAAGUUUAUAUAUAACCUUUAAAUAUUUAAAACGUAUUACACUAUUGUAAUAUUAAGCAAAUAUGUCCAUAUAAACAAACUGUUUUCUUGAUGGCAAACCAUUACGAAAGAACAAUUCAUUGCUUCUUAGGCACCUGAUACAAGAGCAACUGUGCCCCAUGAAAGCUCGGAAAGUCACUUGAGGCCAUAAGUACACACUCCUACAAAACUUUGGAAUCGUGAAAGUUUGAAAUGGUAAUCUCAAAUCAUUGACCAAAACAAACUACCGUAUUCAUACAAUUGUGUUUUUCUAAAACAGUGAUGAUACUGAUAUAUGUACUUGUUCAUAGUACUAUACCUCUAUACUGUAUAAUAAUUCUGUAAGUUUAAUUUAAAAAAAAUUAAUUUUGACAUGUAUGUAGUUAACCAAUUUGUUAAAUGCUAUGAGAAGAUUCUAUGCAGGAAGUAGUUUGUGUAAGAGUUAAUAUUUGAAUGUAAAUGUAUGCCAGGUUUAUUAUAUGCCACCUUAGUGGUUCAGUAUUUCUUUCGUCGAUUCCCGAGGAAAGUCAAGGCAAGAAUGUUAGAGGGUGUAAACAGUGUAUAGGCCUAAUAUGAUUAAUUUUAGUGUGCCAGAUUAAAUAAAUGCAGAUAAUGCUGUUCUUUAACAGAAUGAGAGGCUUAGGAAGACAAGUUGGAAAUUGUAUUAAUGUGUAUGCGAGUAAUUACUGAAGUGUAGUCACAGGAUGAGAGCUACACUUGUGGUGUCCCGUCUUCCCAGUACUCUUUGUCGUAUGACAGUUUUAGUCUCCAUUACCUUCUCACUUAACUCUAGAGUGAGUGUGAAAUAUUAAAAAGUGGUCAGUUUAAAUGCUUUGGAUAUGUGUUUGAUAAAAUAAGUUUGUGCAAAGUUGAAAGUGGGAAAGGAAAGUGACUGUGUAGUGAAAGUCUGGCUAGACAAUACGAGAGGAGUAGAUGUUACCAAAGGGCUGCAUGAAAGAGUGGUAGUGCUGACGCAUAUCUAAAGAUAAUGUGGUAUAAAUGUAGAGACCAAGUGUUAAGAGUUAGAGCAGAAAAAACGGAGAGUAAGAUGCAUGUGUGAUAAUAGGAGAGAAAAAAUCAAUUCAAACAUGGAGAACAUGCUCAGAUGCACACAGAAAUCACAAUAGCGCAUUAUAUAAAAUGAACAAAUCCACAAAGGCCGUGAUGAGGGAUCGAACCUACGUAUGGGAUGUUCCCAGCUGCAUCUUGGUUGUGGCACAGUUGACUAAGGCGCAUCUGGGAACAUCCCGUACGUAGGUUCAAACCCACAUUAUGGCCCUUGUGGAUUUGUUCAUGCUCAGAUGGUCCGGACACGUUGAACAAAUGAACGAUAGUAAAAUGGUGAAGUAUAUGUAUCCGAGGGUAGGAGUAGAAGGACAGGCAUGGUGUGUGAAAGGAGCAAGAGUGAACUAUAAUGGCACAUAUUAAGGAACACUGCUCGGUGGAAGCAGUUUAUAAGAUGGGAAUGAAUACCUCUGCUUUUUGUUUGUACAAUAUUGUGUAUGACAAUUUAUGAGAACCAUUGUACACCUGGUCUUAUGAACUGGUCAGAUACUGCUAGUGGUGGUGCUUAUUUAUAUAUGCCAUAUUGUGAAUAUAAUAAAAUGCUUAAGUAAAUAUCAAGAGAAGGCACAAAGUCUGUAUGACUAUUUAGCACUAGUGUUGUAGAACAGUCAAAAGGUCCUAAUUAAUAGUAUCAUUCAAUAUCCCUUUUCUAUAUUAUUUGCCAUUUUUCUCUGGACUGAUGUCUUCCUACUCCAUGAAAAUGGGAAAACGGUAAUGAUAAUAUUAGUGCACAUAAUUUAAGCCAUUACUUUUAAGCACAGUUUUUCCAUGCAAGGUUUAUUAGAAACUAACACUAUUGAAAACACUAUUGUUAUACUGUUUGUAUCUUAUAUAAUAUACUUUUGUAACUUUUUAUAUGCUGUUACUUAAUAAAAAUUAGUUCGUGGU